CACUGCAUGUGUAUUUGUGCUGACUUUGGAUUACUUUUUAAAGCACUAGGCAUGGUAAUUUCUACUUUUUGGGACCUCAAAACCAAGAAGCUACAGAGAAUCCUAUGUCAAUAAAGUGAAAUCUCUUCUGUUGUGCUUUUGCAUUUGGAGACUCCUGUAUUUCCCCGUACACAAGGAGUGUAGAACUAGUGUGGUCAUUAUGAACGUGACAAGUUUAUUUUCCUUCACAAGUCCAGCUGUGAAGAGACUUCUUGGGUGGAAACAGGGUGAUGAAGAAGAAAAAUGGGCAGAGAAAGCUGUUGAUGCUUUGGUGAAAAAACUGAAGAAAAAGAAAGGUGCCAUGGAGGAACUGGAAAAGGCCUUGAGCUGCCCAGGGCAGCCAAGUAACUGUGUCACCAUCCCCCGCUCUCUGGACGGCAGGCUGCAAGUUUCCCACCGGAAGGGACUGCCUCAUGUCAUUUACUGCCGAGUGUGGCGUUGGCCCGAUCUUCAGAGCCACCAUGAACUAAAACCACUGGAAUGCUGUGAGUUUCCUUUUGGUUCCAAGCAGAAGGAAGUGUGCAUCAAUCCCUACCACUAUAAGCGAGUAGAAAGUCCUGUUCUUCCUCCAGUGCUGGUUCCAAGACACAGUGAAUAUAAUCCUCAACACAGCCUAUUAGCUCAGUUCCGUAACUUAGGACAAAAUGAGCCUCACAUGCCACUCAACGCAACUUUUCCGGAUUCUUUCCAGCAACCCAAUAGCCAUCCGUUCCCUCACUCCCCCAGCAGCAGCUACCCCAACUCUCCUGGAAGUAGCAGUGGCACCUACCCGCGCUCCCCCACCAGCUCAGACCCAGGAAGCCCUUUCCAGAUGCCAGCUGAUACGCCCCCGCCUGCUUACCUGCCUCCUGAGGACCCCAUGACCCAGGAUGGCUCCCAGCCAAUGGACACAAAUAUGAUGGCACCUUCACUGCCCUCAGAAAUCAACAGAGGAGAUGUUCAGGCGGUCGCUUAUGAGGAACCAAAACACUGGUGCUCUAUUGUCUACUAUGAGCUCAAUAAUCGUGUGGGCGAAGCGUUCCAUGCCUCCUCCACAAGUGUGUUGGUGGAUGGUUUCACCGAUCCUUCCAACAAUAAGAACCGUUUCUGCCUUGGGCUGCUCUCCAACGUUAACCGGAAUUCCACUAUUGAAAACACCAGGCGGCAUAUUGGAAAAGGAGUGCAUCUUUACUAUGUGGGAGGGGAAGUGUAUGCCGAAUGCCUCAGCGACAGCAGCAUCUUUGUGCAAAGUCGGAACUGCAACUACCAUCAUGGAUUUCACCCCACUACUGUUUGCAAGAUCCCUAGUGGGUGUAGUUUGAAAAUUUUUAAUAACCAAGAAUUUGCUCAGUUAUUGGCACAGUCUGUGAACCAUGGCUUCGAGACAGUCUAUGAGCUCACUAAAAUGUGUACUAUCCGCAUGAGCUUUGUAAAAGGUUGGGGAGCAGAAUAUCACCGCCAGGAUGUUACUAGCACCCCCUGCUGGAUUGAGAUCCACCUGCAUGGCCCCCUCCAGUGGCUGGAUAAAGUUCUUACUCAGAUGGGUUCACCUCACAAUCCUAUUUCAUCUGUGUCUUAAACAGCCUCAGGCUUCUGCCUCUUGAAAACUAUUGAGCCUUGCAUGUACUUGAAGGAUGGAUGAGUCAGACACGAUCAAGAACUGACAAAGGAGCCUUGAUAAUACUUGACCUCUGUGACCAACUGUUGGAUUCAGAAAUUAAAAAAAUAAAAAAAAACAAAAACCUUGGUAACAUACUGUCGAUAUCAAGAACCUGUUUAGUUUACAUUGUAACAUUCUAUUGUAAAAUCAACUAAAAUGCAUACUUUUAGCAGGACUUCGUGUAUAGUUAAAGGAGAGAUGGCCAAGCCAGGGACAAAUUAUCUAUUUGGUCCUAAGAGAAAUGGUCCUAAGAGAUUCUUUUGUGUUUGGCACUUUAAGGUCAUCGUUUGGCAGAAGUUUAGCAUUAAUAGUCUUUCUGAAGUGUGUUUUUAUCAGGUUUAGAACCCAUGUUGAGUCUUAUUUUCAUGGGUUUUCAUAAUAUUUUAAAACUAUUUGUUUAGUAAUGGGUUUUGUUUGUUUUUUAAGUAAAGUUUAAUCUGAUGAUAUACAUAGUAAUCUUUCUAAAAUUCUGACCAUACUGCUGUCAGAAUAAUGUUAGGUAUAUGCUCUUUGCUAAAUAUAUAUGUACAGAAUAUUUGGAAGUUAAGAAUGGAUUAGACUAGUGGACUUAGUAUUUGAGGGGGUGGGGGAGAGGGAAAUGACAACUGCAAAUGUAGAAUAUACUGUAAAAAGUCAGUUUGUGACUUUCAGGAAACAAACUGAUGCCUGAAUUUUGCUGUGUUUCCAUUUUUUAGACAUUUUAUCCUUUUCUUUUCUUUUCUUUUCUUUUUUUUUUUUUUUUUGGGCGCCUUCUAUCCCAGCCUCUCCAAAAAACAGUUGUGCAGCUGGUUAAUUCAUGUAACUGUGAGAGCAAAUGAGUAAUUCCUGCUACUCUGAAAUCGACUGCCUAUAUGUCUCAAUACCAACUGUAUGGAGUGCUUCAAUUUGAUAAGCAGUUUUUUAUGGAGUUUACAGAAACUGGCUUUAAUUUUCAAGUGAAUUGUUCACCAACUGUUAAAUAUUUGGAGGAUUUAAAGAACAUCCCUGUUUAAAUCCAUUUCAAACUUUUAAGGAUUUUUUUUGUACUGUGUUUGGUUUUAUUUUUCUUCUGCUAAUCUUUUAUAUUCACUUAUGCUCUCGUACAUUGAGUACUUUUAUUCCAAAACUAGUGGGUUUUCUCUACUGGAAAUUUUAAAUAAACCUGUCAUUAUUGCUUA